UUUUCCCACUACCAACCCUCUUCGAUCUCUCCGGAAUCCUCCGUCCUCCUAUCGCCAUGGCCUCACUCACCGCCCCAGGGAUCAUCUCCUUCUCCCUUCGCUGCCGUUCCAGGAAUCAUUGCUUCGGCGAGCAGUGUUCAAUCCCGCGGGCGGCGGACGGUUCUGCAUCUGUCGCCGGAUGCUCCUCGUGGGUUUUGAAAGCGGCGAACCUGGGGGUUCCCAUGCUAGCGACUCGAGCGUCGUCUAACCUUUACUCCUCGGUCGAAGAGGGGAGUAGAGUGCUGGAGGAGGAAGAGGAGCCGGGGAGGCCUUUGAGGGUUGGGAUCAUCUGUGGUGGGCCGUCCGCGGAGCGUGGCAUCUCGUUGAACUCCGCGAGGUCGGUUCUCGAUCACAUACAGGGAGAAGAUUUGCAUGUCGUCUGCUAUUAUAUCGAUUGUAAUCUCAAUGCAUAUGCCAUUUCACCUGCCCAGUUAUACUCAAAUACUCCUGCAGACUUUGAUUUCAAACUAGAGAGCCUUGCACAAGGUUUUCACUCUUUACACGCCUUUGUUGAGCAUCUUGCGGUUUCUGUGGAUAUAGUUUUUCCUGUAAUUCAUGGACGUUUUGGUGAAGAUGGGGGUAUUCAGGAGCUGUUGGAGAAAGCUAAUGUUCCAUUUGUAGGCACAACUUCUCAUGUAUGCCGUCAGGCAUUUGACAAGUACAAUGCAUCCUUGGAGCUAAGUAGACAAGCAUUUGUUACAGUACCCAGUUUUCUUGUUCAGGCAACUCAACCAAAUAGGGAUGAAAUGGAACAAUGGUUUGAAAGAAAUUUCUUGGACCAGGAAAAAGGAAAAGUUGUGGUGAAGCCCACUCUUGCUGGAUCAAGCAUAGGUGUUGUUGUUGCUUAUGGUAUUGAUGAUGCCAUUGAAAAGGCAGUUAACAUAAUAAAAGAGGGCAUUGAUGAUAAAGUCCUUGUUGAAGUUUUUCUUGAAGGAGGGAUUGAAUUUACAGCAAUUGUCAUUGAUGUUGGAAUGGAUAAUGAUGUCAAGCCAAUUGUUUUACUUCCAACUGAAGUGGAUCUUCAAAUUUUGGCCAAACCUGAUGCUUCUGAAGAUGUCAUCUUUAAUUACAGGAGGAAGUAUCUUCCAACACAGCAAGUUGCUUAUUACACCCCUCCACGGUUUCCAAUCCAUGUAAUUGAAUGCAUAAGGCAAGGGGCAUCGAUGCUCUUUCAAUCUUUUGGUCUCCGUGACUUUGCCAGAAUUGAUGGUUGGUUUUUGCCCAAUCAUGUUAAUUUGAUUCCAACUCUGGGAAAGGAUAUUAAGUUUGGACUAACUGAAUCUGGUACCAUCCUUUUCACUGAUAUUAACUUGGUAAGUGGCAUGGAGCAAACUAGCUUCCUAUUUCAGCAAGCCUCAAAGGUUGGGUUCUCUCAUUCAAAUAUUCUACGGACUGUUAUUCAGCAUGCUUGUUCGCGAUUUCCUUCUCUCAAAUCUUGCAGCAGUGUAUGGAACACUUUAGCUAGAAGGUUGCAUUCUGCUCGUUUGCGCAACAUUCCUUCCAAGUCCCAGGGUCGUCGGAAGGUUUUUGUUCUUUUUGGAGGAGAAACCUCAGAGCGUCAAGUAUCGCUGAUGAGCGGAACAAAUGUUUGGCUCAACUUGCAAGGUUAUGAUGAUCUUGAUGUGAUUCCUUGCCUGCUAGCACCUGCACGAGGUUAUGCAUCUGCCCAGCAUGGGGAUGUAAAUCAACACGAGAACUAUCGAACUGUUUGGACUUUGCCUUAUUCUCUCGUCCUACGCCAUACCACAGAAGAAGUUUUGGCAGCAUGCAUUGAAGCCAUUGAACCUGAUAGGGCUUCAUUGACUUCUCAUUUACGCAACAAUGCUACAAGUGAACUAGCCAAAGCACUUAGUAAACAUGACUGGUUUACAGGUUUUGACAUCACUGAAGAACUUCCUACAAAUUAUACACUGGAAAACUGGAUCCAGCAUGCUAAGGAAGCUCAGGCAAUAGUUUUUAUUGCAGUGCAUGGUGGAAUUGGUGAAGAUGGCACUCUCCAAUCUUUGUUAGAGUCUGCAGGAGUUCCCUAUACUGGCCCUGGACCAUCUGCUUCUAAAGUUUGUAUGGAUAAAGUGCAAACAUCUGUUUCUCUUAGUCAUUUGACAAAUUUGGGAGUUCUUACCAUACCCAAAGAUGUUAGGAGCACAGAGGAAUUAUUAAAUUCUAAUUUAGCUGAUACCUGGCAAGAUCUGACAGUUAAACUUCAAUCAGAAUCAUUAUGCAUCAAACCAGCUCGUGAUGGAUGCUCAACUGGAGUUGCUAGAUUACGCUCCAGAGAAGAUCUUAAAGUCUAUGUAAAUGCAUUGCAAAAGUCCCUGCCACGGCUUCCAGCUAAUAGUCUGUCAAAGGGGCAUGGUGUAAUUGAAAUGCCAAACCCUCCUCCUCAAUCAUUAGUUUUUGAGCCUUUUAUUGAAACAGAUGAAAUAAUUGUUUCAUCAAAAUCAGUGGAUAAUAAUGCUCGCCACCUAAUAUGGGAAGAACGUACUGGAUGGAUCGAAGUGACAGUGGGUGUUAUGGGUACACGUGGUGAAAUGCACUCUCUUAGUCCAAGUAUUACUAUCAAAGAAACUGGUGACAUUUUAUCUCUUGAAGAGAAAUUUCAAGGUGGUACUGGCAUCAAUUUGACACCACCUCCAGCAACAAUAAUCAGUGAAGAAGCCUUGGAAGCAUGUAAACGGCGAGUUGAAAUAAUAGCAAAUACUCUAUAUUUGGAAGGAUUUUCACGCAUUGAUGCCUUUGUUAAUGUACACACUGGGGAGGUCAUGGUGAUAGAGGUGAAUACCGUGCCAGGGAUGACUCCAUCUACUGUCCUGAUUCAUCAGGCACUGAAUGAACAACCACCUAUCCAUCCUCGAGAAUUUUUUCGCACCGUUCUUAACUUUGCUCUUAAGAGAUCCAACUAAAUCCCUCCACGCCGAAAUGUGUUUCAGCAGUGUUUUCAAAUUUCUCAAUUUGUCAUGCUCGUUACAGGUCAAUCUCUGGGUGUAAGUGUUGUAUUUUGGAAUCAUGAUGCAAUGGCUGUGUUGUUUCCUAUGGAAUGUGUAAAAUGUGUUAUGUUAGGGGUUGAUUUGUAAAAAACCAACAAUAAACAAUAUGGUGAAGGGAAGUAAUUGUAGUAGUUCAUUUCCUUUUCUAACUA